AUAUGUUUCACUUCCCCCGUGUGUUUUUGCUCCAGCUGCAGCGGCUCCACACGCACCGAGAGCAGCUCCACAAACGCGCCCGUCCUCCGUCUGAGCCCCCGCCGCCUCUGCACCGCACACAAACAUGUCGCACACAAUCCUGCUCGUCCAGCCGACCAAGAGACCGGAGGGCCGCACAUAUGCUGAUUAUGAGUCUGUCAAUGAAUGCAUGGAAGGUGUCUGCAAAAUGUAUGAGGAGCAUCUGAAGAGGAUGAACCCCAACAGUCCAUCCAUCACAUAUGACAUCAGUCAGCUCUUUGACUUCAUUGACGACUUGGCAGACCUGAGCUGUCUUGUGUACAGAGCUGAUACACAGACAUACCAGCCAUACAACAAAGACUGGAUUAAAGAGAAGAUAUAUGUCCUACUGCGUCGCCAAGCUCAGCAGGCAGCCAAGUGAAGCAGAGCCAUGGGAGGGACUGUCUCAAGGGGGGAGGUUUACUAAUAUAUUUUUAUUUGUAAGUUUUUUUUGACAGUGUGCUUGCAUACGGUUGUUACGUAAAGAUUAUUUGAGCCUGAGCAUUUCUGGUAGUUAUUCCCUGGAAGAAAAAAAUCUAUAUGCUCCUUUCAUUGAAUUCCAUUUUAUUUUUUGCUCAUUCUUUUAAUGUGAAACACUUUCAUUUGUACUGGACAGGAUUAUUGAAUGCACAUUGCUGAUUUUUACACGGGGACACUGGCAACAUACUCUCCAUCCCUUUUGUCUUUUUGUUAUUGACCCUCCAGUGACCAUGAUAUGACUAUUUUGUAAAGCAUUUGUUUUGUAACAUGUAAUUCUCCUGUUCAUGUCCUUUUGAAAUAAAGUCUUGUUUUCAGAGAGGUA